GUAGCGUGUGCUGUGCGUGGGUGCGCACGUCGCUCCGUAGCGCGGUAGUGCACAAGUGGAGGGGGGAGAUUAAUUCUGGCCGUUCAGCACGCACUCCUCGCUGUAUCAACGCACUUGGGUGUUAUAUAUAUUGAUUAAUUGAGCAAUUCUGGAUUAUCAAGGUCCGGGGGUGGAGUGAUGGUAAAGGUGCGGGAGGGGGAGGAAGCCCCCCCUGCCCCCCCGCCCACAGUCACCCUCACCCCCACGCCCCUCUCUGACGCCCACAACCACUCCACCCACCAGCCCACCACGCCCAUGGGCGCUGCUCCGUCUCCGGCCUCUUCUCUCUCCGCGUCUGGACCCGUCUCACCCGCUUCAUCCGUCAAUUCGACGGGUGAGGCGUACGCCCACGAUGACCUGCGGCCGUACUACCGCGCCCACGGCGCCCACAAUUACCACCCGUGGGGCCGGCUGGCUACCAGCAGCCACGGGCGCCGCCACUCCCCCCACCACCACCACCACCACCACCACCACACAGCCUACCAGAAUGGCUCUGGCUCCACCCACAGUUUCUACACCCACCACCAGAAUGGCUCCGGCGGGCCCCACCACGCCCACCACCACACCAACGGCUACCACUACCACCACACCAACAGCCGAAGUCACUACCACAGCGAUGGCGGCCACCACUACCACAAAUCCAGCUACCAGGACUCCUACCAAGCCUACCACGGCGGCUACUCCGGUGGUAGGGGGCGCUACAAGUCCUCGCGGGAUGACUCGUGGGCGCUGACUGUGGGCGGAGGCCGUGGGCGGGGGCAUCAUGGGCGUUACAAGACAAUAUCUCCAAUACCCUCCAGAUCGAGAGGCACUUCCCCACGCCCACAUAACGCCUCUCAGUGCUUCUCUGGCAGCAGCACCACGCCCCUGGACGAGGGCGUGGGCGCCGUGACGGUGGAAGUGGGCGGGAGUGCGGGUCUGGUGGGCGGAGUGGUGGAGGAGGGGGGGCUGUUGAUGGGGGUGGGAGGGGGGGAGGAAGGGCAGCACGUGGUCCACCUCCACAUCAAUCCUGGCACCACUGUCAACUUCACCACCGAGGACGGCCACGUUCAGCGCAUAUCAGAAAUGGAUCUCGAUCCAUUUGGACAGGACGAGAAGGCAUCCACAGGGACAGGACGAGAGGGCAUCCACAGGGACAGAAUGAGAGGGCAUCCACAGGGACAGAAUGAGAGGGCAUCCACAGGGACAGGACGAGAGGGCAUCCACAGGGACAGAACGAGAGGGCAUCCACAGGGACAGGACGAGAAGGCAUCCAUAGGAACAGGACGAGAGGGCAUCCACAGGGACAGGACGAGAGGGCAUCCACAGGGACAGGACGAGAGGGCAUCCACAGGGACAGGACGAGAGGGCAUCCACAGGGACAGAAUGAGAGGGCAUCCACAGGGACAGGACGAGAGGGCAUCCACAUGGACAGGACGAGAGGGCAUCCACAGGGACAGAAUGAGAGGGCAUCCACAGGGACAGGACGAGAGGGCAUCCAUAGGGACAGAACGAGAGGGCAUCCACAGGGACAGAAUGAGAGGGCAUCCACAGGGACAGGACGAGAGGGCAUCCACAGGGACAGAAUGA